AUGCGUGAACAACAAUCAGCAACAAUUUCAUCAUCUUUCCACGCCAAUGCAAUCAUUUGGAAAGAAAAACAAAAAAUUAGAAAAAGCAUUUCUGAUAAAUCCCGAACCAAAUUUUGCAAUCGUCAUCUCAAGAGAAGAGAAAUAGUCUUGUCUCUUGAUCAACUCGGAAUUUUAAAUUAUUAUUUGGAUAUGCAAUGUAAUUCCUUUAAAACUGUAUUGGAAACUGUAACGACAAUUAGAAGCCUAUUAGUGAGAGAGGAUAACCGACCGGCCAAUAUUCGAAAGGUCAUUGAAGCCGGUAGUACAAAAAUGUUGGUAAACUUUCUUGAUCAUGAGAAUAUUACAAAAUAUUACACUAUUGAAAAUGGGAAUAAUCAAUCUGAAAAUCCAAUUACAAAAGUGCAGGUUGACAAAUUGAUUUUUGAAUCAGUAUUGUCAUUGACAAAUAUUGCUAGUGGAUCACCAUAUGAUACAGCACAUGUUGUAGAGCUGGGAUGUGUUCCUACAUUUAUCAAUCUACUGAAAAACUCGACAGAUUGUAACGUGAGAGAACAAGCCAUUUGGGCUUUGGGAAAUAUUUGUGGAGAUUCUAUCAGGUUCAGAGAUUUCGUCCUGGAGUGGGAUGUAUUAACGCCUUUAUUAGAUCUUUUAAAUGAAACAUUUCUCGUAAAUUUACUAAGAACGGGUUCAUGGUGCUUAGUAAAUUUGAUGAGAGGAAUACCAUAUGUAUCUAUCAAAUAUGUCAAAAUGGUUCUGCCAGUUCUCUCCAAAUUAAUUAAUACUUCUGAUGAGGAUGUUGUCAAUAAUGUUUGUUGGGCACUUAUUCAAAUAGCAAUAAGUGAUGAUCAUAUCGAAAUACUUAUUCAAGCUUAUGGUAAUAUUAUCGAAAAAGUUAUUUUGCUGCUUUCCUCUGAAUGUACAAGUAUACAAGUUGGUUGUCUUCAAUUAGUUGGAUAUAUAGUUACAAGAAAUAAUUCUCAUACAGACCACAUGUUGAAUAUUCGAUUAUUAUCUGCAUUAUCAUCCUUCAUUUUAAAUGAGAAUGCUUUUCUAAAGAAAGAAGCAAUUUUUAUCGUUUCAAAUAUUACUGCUGGAACCAUUGAUCAUAUUAGAGCGGCUGUUGAGUCUGGAAUUAUUGAAUUAGUGAUUGAAGCUGUCAAACAAAAUACCGAAUUAAUAGUGAAAGAGGAACCUUACUAUGUUAUCUACAAUUUAUGUACUACGGCAACGGACGAUAUUAUUGAUUAUUUAAUUAAGAUUGGAGUUGUACCAAUACUUCAUCAAGGAUUGUCAUUAGUAGCUGUUAACCAAAUUUGUUUGAGUACUCUUUUGAGUCUAUUGAAAAACAAUAAUUUCAGAGAGGAAAUGAAUAAGUGUGGAAUAAGGGAUACUCUCGAAGAAAUGAUGCAUUCUGACCAAGAUACUGCCUUAUGUGAAAUUAUUCAACAAAUAUUGGUUAUGAUGAACGAAGAGAAUAGUGAAAAGGAAAAAUCAUAA